CUCCGGCGUCUUGGGCGCCCCCGGCCCGCCAUGGCUGCACCUUCCCCUGAGGACCCCUCCCUGGAGAGGCAUUUUAAGGGCCACCGAGAUGCAGUUACCUCUUUGGACUUCAGUCUCAACACGAAGCAGUUGGCCAGUGGCUCCAUGGACUCAUGCCUCAUGGUCUGGCACAUGAAGCCCCAGUCACGCGCCUACCGCUUUGCGGGCCACAAGGACGCUGUCACCUGUGUGAACUUCUCCCCUUCGGGACACCUGCUGGCCUCAGGCUCCCGAGACAAGACCGUCCGGAUCUGGAUACCCAAUGUCAAAGGCGAGUCUACCGUGUUUCGUGCCCACACGGCCACAGUGAGGAGUGUCCACUUCUGCAGCGACGGCCAGUCUUUCGUGACGGCCUCCGAUGACAAAACGGUGAAGGUGUGGUCAACUCAUCGCCAGAAAUUCCUGUUCUCCCUGAGCCAGCACAUCAACUGGGUCCGCUGUGCCAGGUUCUCCCCCGACGGGAGGCUUAUCGUGUCUGCCAGCGAUGACAAGACUGUCAAGCUAUGGGACAAGACGAGCCGGGAGUGUGUCCACUCUUACUGUGAGCACGGCAGCUUUGUCACUUCCGUGGACUUCCACCCCAGUGGCACAUGCAUCGCCGCCGCCGGCAUGGACAACACGGUGAAGGUGUGGGACGUGCGGACGCACCGGCUCUUACAGCACUAUCAGCUGCACAGCGCAGCGGUGAAUGCCCUCUCCUUCCACCCGUCCGGAAACUACCUGCUCACCGCCUCCAGCGACUCAACCCUGAAGAUUCUGGACCUCAUGGAGGGCCGACUGCUCUACACACUCCACGGGCAUCAGGGCCCAGCCACCACUGUUGCCUUUUCAAGAACGGGGGAGUAUUUUGCUUCUGGAGGUUCUGAUGAACAAGUGAUGGUCUGGAAGAGUAACUUUGAUGUUGUGGAUUAUGGAGAAGUCCUAAAAGUGCACAGGCCCCCAGCCCCACUAGCCACAUCCUCUGGGAAUCUGCCGGAAGUGGAUUUCCCCAUCCCUCCAGGCAGAGGCAGGAGUCAGGAGUCAGUGCAGAACCAGCCCCAGGAGCCUACCAGCAUGCCCCAGACGCUGACUAGCACACUGGAGCACAUCGUGGGCCAGCUGGACGUCCUCACCCAGACGGUCUCCAUCCUGGAGCAGCGGCUAACGCUGACGGAAGACAGGCUGAAGCAGUGCUUGGAGAACCAGCAGCUAAUCAUGCAGAGAACACCACCGUGAUCAGGGGAGCCAGGAUCAAGAGCUUGCUCGAUUUGGGCGGGGGGGGG